AUGACCAAAACAACCUACAACAUCCUCGUCCUCCCGGGUGACGGGAUCGGCCCCGAAAUCAUGCGCGAAGCCACCAAAGUCCUACAAACCUUCACCACGCCAACCCGCGCCUUCGCCCUUCGUGAGGAGCUCAUCGGCGGCUGCAGCAUCGACGCAACAGGCCAGUCCUGCACAGAAGCCGUCAAGCAGGCAGCGCUGGCCUCGGACGCGGUGCUCUUCGCGGCCGUCGGCGGCCCCAAAUGGGACGGCAUGCGGCGCGGCCUGGACGGGCCCGAGGGCGGGCUGCUGCAGCUGCGCAAGACCAUGGACAUCUAUGGGAAUCUGCGGCCGUGCGCGGCCGACGUGCCGAGCCGCGCGAUCUCGCGCGAGUACUCGCCGUUCCGGCAGGAUGUGAUCGAGGGGGUGGAUUUUGUUGUUGUGCGGGAGAAUUGCGGCGGCGCGUAUUUUGGGAAGAAGGUGGAGGAGCCGGAGUAUGCAAUGGAUGAAUGGGGCUACUCCACCCCCGAAAUCCAACGCAUCACCCGUCUCGCGGCGGAGAUCGCCCUGCGUCAUGACCCGCCGUGGCCUGUGAUCUCGCUGGACAAGGCCAACGUGCUGGCCUCGUCGCGGCUGUGGCGGCGUGUCGUCGAGGACACCAUGACGCGCGAGUACCCGCAGGUGCGCCUGGUGCACCAGCUGGCGGACUCGGCGUCGCUGAUCCUGGCGACGAACCCGCGCGCGCUCAACGGCGUGAUCCUGGCCGACAACACGUUCGGCGAUAUGGUCUCCGACCAGGCCGGGUCGAUUAUCGGCACGCUGGGCGUGCUGCCGAGCGCUAGCUUGGAUGGGCUGCCGAAGCCGGGGGAGAAGGCAAACGGGUUGUAUGAGCCGACGCAUGGGUCGGCGCCGUCAAUCGCCGGCAAGAAUAUCGCCAACCCCGUCGCGAUGAUCCUCUGCGUGGCGCUCAUGUUCCGCUACUCGCUGAAUAUGGAGGCCGAGGCGCAGCAGAUUGAGGAUGCUGUCCGCACGGUGCUGGACGCUGGGGUGCGCACGCCCGAUCUGGGAGGCAAGGCUAGUACGGUGGAGGUUGGCGAUGCGAUUGAGGCUAUCUCUGUUACCCACUGUCAAUUCUACGUCUGUCUACUGGGUAUCUACGCACUGGUAGACCAUACGAUGAGCGCCUCUCUAGACCUACGACACCUCUCGUCGGAGGAAAAGACCGCCCGCAUCCAAGCGAUCGCGAAGGAAAUCACUGCAACCUUCACCGCUCUCUCCAGCCAAAAAGCCGACGGCAUCCUCAGCGCUGAACAUGUCGCUCCGAUUCACGACAUCAUCCGCACAAUCACGCAGACGAACGGACAGCAACGCGAAGACCUCGAGCGGAAGAUAUCCCGGUACCGACGUUACACGGUGCAAUCGCGGAAGGAGAAGCGGUGGAUGCGACGGCAAUUCCUGGUGCUGAUGCAUCGGUCGGAGAUGGUGCAGCGACGGUGGAGAGAACGGGUGGGCCGAUUGCAAAGCGAGAUGGAGGAGAUGCGCCGGGAAUUUUCGAGCAGAAAGGCUCUCGACCCGGAGAGAAGAUGUCAGAAGGCAGUCGAAGACAGCAGACAGGAUGAUGUGAGACGUGGGUAG